AUGAGCCGGAGCGGCGGAGCCGGGCUGCCCGCGGCCGCGCUCACCGGCCCGGGACGCUUCCGCAUGGCCCGCGAGGAGCCGGCGCCCGCGGCGGUGGCGGCGGCCGGGCAGCCCGGGGGCGGCAGAGGCGGCAAGCGGGCACUGCAGGAGCCAGGGGUCGCCCGCAGGGGGCGGCCGUCGCUGAGCCGCGCUAAACUGCACGGGCUGCGGCACAUGUGUGCCGGGCGCACAGCGGCGGGGGGCUCCUUCCAGCGGCGGGCGCUGUGGGUGCUGGCUUUCUGUACAUCCCUCGGCUUGCUGCUGUCCUGGUCCUCGAACCGUUUGCUCUACUGGCUCAGCUUCCCGUCGCACACGCGGGUGCACCGCGAGUGGAGCCGCCAGUUACCCUUCCCCGCCGUCACCGUGUGCAACAACAACCCGCUGCGCUUCCCGCGCCUCUCCAAGGGGGACCUCUACUAUGCCGGCCACUGGCUCGGGCUGCUGCUGCCCAACCGCACCGCGCGCCCGCUCGUCAGCGAGCUGCUGCGCGGCGACGAGCCGCGCCGCCAGUGGUUCCGAAAGCUGGCUGACUUCCGCCUCUUCUUGCCGCCGCGCCACUUCGAGGGCAUCAGCGCCGCCUUCAUGGACCGCCUGGGCCACCAGCUCGAGGACAUGCUGCUCUCCUGCAAGUACCGCGGCGAGCUCUGCGGCCCACACAACUUCUCCUCCGUGUUUACAAAAUAUGGGAAGUGUUACAUGUUUAACUCAGGCGAGGAUGGCAAACCUCUGCUCACCACGGUCAAGGGGGGGACAGGCAACGGGCUGGAGAUCAUGCUGGACAUUCAGCAGGAUGAGUACCUGCCCAUCUGGGGAGAGACAGAGGAAACGACAUUUGAAGCAGGAGUGAAAGUUCAGAUCCACAGUCAGUCUGAGCCACCUUUCAUCCAAGAGCUGGGCUUUGGGGUGGCUCCAGGGUUCCAGACCUUUGUGGCCACACAGGAGCAGAGGCUCACAUACCUGCCCCCACCGUGGGGUGAGUGCCGAUCCUCAGAGAUGGGCCUCGACUUUUUUCCUGUUUACAGUAUCACCGCCUGUAGGAUUGACUGUGAGACCCGCUACAUCGUGGAAAAUUGCAACUGCCGCAUGGUUCACAUGCCAGGGGAUGCCCCUUUCUGUACCCCUGAGCAGCACAAGGAGUGUGCAGAGCCUGCCCUAGGUCUGCUGGCGGAAAAGGACAGCAAUUACUGUCUCUGCAGGACACCCUGCAACCUGACCCGCUACAACAAAGAGCUCUCCAUGGUGAAGAUCCCCAGCAAGACAUCAGCCAAGUACCUUGAGAAGAAAUUUAACAAAUCAGAAAAAUAUAUCUCAGAGAACAUCCUUGUUCUGGAUAUAUUUUUUGAAGCUCUCAAUUAUGAGACAAUUGAACAGAAGAAGGCGUAUGAAGUUGCUGCCUUACUUGGUGAUAUUGGUGGUCAGAUGGGAUUGUUCAUUGGUGCUAGUAUCCUUACAAUUCUAGAGCUCUUUGAUUAUAUUUAUGAGCUGAUCAAAGAGAAGCUAUUAGACCUGCUUGGCAAAGAGGAGGACGAAGGGAGCCACGAUGAGAAUGUGAGUACUUGUGACACAAUGCCAAACCACUCUGAAACCAUCAGCCACACUGUGAACGUGCCCCUGCAGACGGCCCUGGGGACCUUGGAGGAGAUUGCCUGCUGACACCCCUCGAGCCACCCAGCACCCCCUCCAAACAGACCUUGAGGCCCAAGACCAGGACAAGGAAGAGCAAGCUCAUGUGGAAUGGCCCCUGAUGCUAGAAAGAAGCAAGAGCCCCCUAUGCACACAUUGCAGACUAGCUGC